UGUCCUACAAUUUGCAAAACCCUUUUCCAAUUGGCUCCCCUCUUUAUCUUCAUUCCAGUGAAUACAGCAGGUCUAAUCUUUCUCAUUCCCAGGGAUAAAGCUUAUAAAGAAGAACUAUAUGAGUGCUUUCAAUGCUUUUAAAGCUAAUGUUCCUGUAGCGUGGAGCUCUAACCUGUACAUAGCCCUAGUGAGGGGUAUUCCUGGCACCAGGAGGCUCCAUCGGCGGACGUUAGAGGCUUUACGACUCACGAAAUGCAACCGGACUGUCAUGCGGUGGAAUACGCCUACUGUCAGGGGAAUGAUCCAGCAGGUGAAAAGGUUGGUUGUUGUUGAGACGGAGGAAAUGUACAAUGCAAGGAAACAGAAAGAAGCGAGUCACCGAUCUCUACGUCCGCCAUUGGUAGUCAAUCAUCAACCGAUCCCUGGUCCAGAAUCUUCUGCAUAACAGCUAAUCCCUGAAUUAUGAGUACUUCAUUUUUGUUUCGAUGAGCGUCCUUUUGGUUAUAAUUCUGUAAACAAAGAUUCAUGAAAUUCUGAAUCAUGGGGAUCUUAAACGUGGCCUGAAAGCUGAAGCAUAUUAAUUUUCUCAAAAGGUAGUAUUUCAUAUA